AUGGGCAACCAGGACGGAAAGCUAAAGAGAGCCCCAGCGGGGGAGGGAGGAGAGUCUGCCGACGAUGGCGCGGGCCUCCGGGAGCCUGACGGCACAAAGAAAGGAUUUCACGGCAAGAAGGCGCAGGGUAAACAGAGCAAAGGAGGUGACGGAGGGAAGAAGAAAGGCAAGUCGGAGUCGAAAUCGUCUGUGUUCUCCAACAUAAGGAAGCGUAAGAACCUGUCCAAGGUGAAAGGCCUGAUCGGAGGUUCUAAGGAAGAUGUUUUGGACUCGCAGGGGGAGCUGGAUAGUGCUCAGUCGGUGGGAAACAAAACUCCGGACAUCAGCGCCGAUGAAUUGGGGCAGUCCGACGCUGAGACCGAGAGGCCUCGUAUCAACGCCGACAGCCGGCAGAGCACCGUGGAUGCUCCAGAAGGGCCCAGAGCCAGCUCUGGAUCCGACACGGAUAUCUAUAGUUUCCAUUCGGCGGCAGAACAGGAGGAUCUGCUCGCUGAUAUCCAGCAGGCCAUUAGGCUGCAGCAGGGUGGAAGUAUCUCUGUCGUGGAUGAAAUGGGCUGGGGGAGGGAGAGCAGACUAAUUUCUGAGGCUAAAAGCACCCCAACCCCCGAUUCGGAACCCUUCAGCGUGCUCGAAAUACUGCCAGAAAGAGAGAAUGGCUUUAUAACUCAGCUUGACUUCUCUUUCGAGGCAGCCAAACCGGAGAAGGAUGAGGCUGAGCACAAGGAGGGAAUAGAGGAGACGCCUGUUACCAAGACAACCAGCACCACCAGCUUCCCUGACCUCACAGCCUCUUUUGAGAGUGCUGUAGAGGCAGUGGAGGAAGAGGAGGUAGCGGAAGAGGCUGACAAGGAAGUGCAGCAGGAGGGUUUAAGUCUGCUUCCUCCCUCCCCCCUGGACGAGCAGGACAAACCAGGUACGGACAGUGACACUGAGGGGGGCUUUACUGAGAAUGGAUGCCCCAGUAUUGUGGAACUUGGGGAGGAAAGUAUGGAGGAGGAACCAGUCAUCCAGAGGAGAAAGAGCAGUGUAACAUUCUAUCCGUGGCCCCAGGAGAGCCCACUGGCUACCCGCCUGCUUAAAUCAACGCUGACGACCAACGCUAGCCCAUCCGUCAAACCCUAUCCCCCUAUCCACCCCUCCUACAUCAAAACGACAACCCGUCAACUCAGCUCCCCCACCUGUUCGCCCGCCCCGUCCCCGUCCCACAGCCCACUGUUAUCACGACGGCCCCAGGAGGCCGAGCAGCGGGCGGAGCGCAGGCGGGUCAAACGCCAGCGCUCCUAUAGCAUCACAGGACCAAUCAGUCGCUCUGCGGAUUGGACCGAAGAGCUCGCGUCCUUUCCCCCUAAAGCAGGCUCUGCUGAUUGGCUGGAGUACGGUGGCUCGCAAGAGCGAAUCAGAGGGGGUAGCCAGCCCCUGUGUCCGACACGUCGGUCCUCCUGCGGACAUGUCUCCACGUGCAGUUUUCAGGAUGUUUUCACAGGUCGUACUUUGUUGGAGAAGUUUUUCAGGCAGCAGGAAGAGACAGAGGUAGAAGAAGCUGAGCGGUUGUGUUCCCGAAUCCUGGCCAUGGGUCUGCUUCUGCCUUUCAGUGACUGUUUCAGAGAACAGUACAGUGACAGCACCACACAGAUUCCACCAAAGUUUGAUCAAGACCAGUUGUAUACAUGGGCAGCUGUCAGUCAGCCCCCACACUCACUGGAGCACUUUGAAGGUCGUCUUCCGGGCCACCUCAAGGCUUUAUGGCCUCCCAAACCAGGAGCGAAUGACAGACCAGAGCUAAAAUACACGGAGGAGGAGGAUGAUGAUGAGCAUCAGACAGCGAUUCAGGCACUGAAGAAGCAGCAGCAGGAAGAGGUCCAGGAGCUUCAGGAGGAGUCUGUAUUGAUGACUGUGAAGUUAAAGGAGGAGCAUGUGAGUGUGAUUCAGCAGUUGGAACAGACCAUAGAAGAUUUGCGCAGUAAGAUUGCUGAGCUGGAGAAGCAAUACCCCUCUGUGGAGAGGGACGUUCUCACACAGGACCAGGAGUGUGGCGGGGACGACAGCUUGCUGCCGGACGUCUGUCAUGUGCACCUGCAGACAGAGCAAACCCUGCUGCAGAGCCUGGAAGUCAAAUCUGUACAAACAUCUCCAACGGAGGAGAGCUUUAGCUUUAAAGUGCCUUCAGCUGACCAGCUGCCACCUUCCACGGGUGCCUCUGAGGUCACCCCCCAACAGACAGUCCCUGCCUCUCCUAAAGUGGGCCAGGGCUUUGUGUGUAAAUGCCAGCAGCAGCAGAGCGGGAUUCAGCCUCCACCCCCACCAGUACCGUCUGGGUUACCUGUCCCUCCACCUCCACCACCUCCCCCAUUACCAGGCUUUGCAGGACCUCCACCACCACCCUUACCAUGUGGAGCAGUACCCCCUCCUCCACCCCCUCUACCAGGAAUACUGCCCCCACCACCUCCACCCUUACCUGGUACAGGGGCACCACCACCUCCGCCCCCUCCACCACCCCUACCAGGUUGCCCGCCUCCACCUCCUCCACCCUUACCAGGACAAGUGCCAUGCCCCCCUCCACCCCCACCUCUCCCAGGUUUUGGAGCACCACCGCCACCUCCACCCUUACCUGGGAUGGCGGCACCUCCACCUCCCCCACCCCCACCCCCACCACCUCCAGGCAGUGCAGGACCUCCACUACCCAUAUUCCCUGCAGGUGCCUGUGGCCUACCUCCUCCCUCUGGACUGGGCUCUCUGCCACCCCCCCUGCCCCUGGGGCUGUAUGCUCUGGGCAUGGCCCAGGAGAAAGCACCACGUAAGGCAGUGGUGGAGCCUCCACGGCCCAUGAAGCCCCUCUACUGGACCAGAAUACAGCUUCAUGCGAAAAAGGAUGCAACCUCGUCUCUGGUGUGGGAGAUGAUCGAGGAGCCAUCAGUUGACUUUGAAGAGUUUGUGGAACUUUUCUCUAAAACAGCAGUGAAGGAAAAGAAGAAACCUCUGUCAGAUACCAUCACCAAAUCCAAGGCCAAGCAGGUGGUGAAGCUUUUGAAUAACAAGCGUUCCCAGGCUGUGGGCAUUCUAAUGUCGAGCUUACACUUGGACAUGAAGGACAUCCAACACGCUAUUCUAAAUCUGGACAACACUGUGGUUGACCUGGAGACUCUACAAGCCCUUUAUGAGAAUAGAGCACAGCAGGAUGAGCUGGAGAAGAUUGAAAAGCACAUUAGUUCCUCUAAGGAGAAGGAGAGCACCAAGCCUCUGGACAAACCUGAACAGUUCCUCUAUCAGUUGUCACAAAUCCCUAAUUUCUCAGGAAGGGUGUUCUGCAUCCUCUUCCAGUCGACUUUCUCUGAAUGUAUCUCCUCCGUUCUCCGCAAACUGGACCUGCUCCAGAGAGUCUGUAAUACUCUAAAAACUGAUUCAGGAGUGAUGCGGAUUCUGGGUCUGAUUCUAGCCUUUGGGAACUUCAUGAAUGGAGGGAACCGGACCAGAGGACAGGCAGACGGCUUUGCUCUGGAUAUCCUCCCCAAACUGAAAGAUGUCAAGAGCAGUGACAACACACGAAGUCUCUUGUCCUUCAUUGUUGCGUACUAUCUCCGGCACUUUGAUGAGGACGCGGGGCGGGAGACCUGUGUGUACCCUCUCCCUGAGCCCCAGGACCUGUUCCAGGCCUCGCAGAUGAAGUUUGAGGACUUUCAGAAGGACCUGAGCCGGCUCAGGAAAGACCUGAGAGUAUGCACCACAGAAGUGGAGAAGGUUUGUCAAGUGUCUGACGAGGAGCAUCUUCAGCCCUUCAAAGACAAAAUGGAGGAAUUCCUGAGACAAGCAAAAACUGAGCUGGAGACCCAGGAGAAGCAGCUUAGCGAAACCCAUAAAACGUUCUUAGAGUUGACAGUGUUCUUCUCGGUGAAAGCCAAGAUGGGAGAGAAGGAAGUAUCUCCAAACACGUUCUUCACAGUGUGGCAUGAGUUCUCCUCUGAUUUCAAAGACUUGUGGAAGAAAGAGAACAAAGUCAUUCUUCAGGAGAGGUUGAAGGCGGCAGAGGAGUGCUUCAGACAGGCCAAGGAAAAAGCUUCCUACAGCGUCAAACCCAAACACGCGACUGGAAUCAAAGCCAAGCUGGGGAUGAAAAUAUAA